ACUAACAGCUAGGAGGAGUUUAGUACGAACACGAGUAGCUAUUUAAAUACAGAUUCCAAAAUGUCUCAGCUCAAGCCUUUCCUGUUGUUGUCCUCGAUGUUGCUGUGCUGCAGCCUCCUUGAGGCGCGUUUCCUGACCAGUCUGCCCAUCAUACCAAAUAUUUGCCAUCAACCUCCGCCACGAUCGUCGGGAAUAUGUACUGUGGAAGUCGAGGGUUACUAUUAUGAUUCGGCAACAUUUGAUUGCCAAAUGUAUUCGAUUGGUGGUUGUCGUCUUAUCCCGGGACAAAGCUUUGGCAGUCUCCAGAAUUGUGUGGAGACAUGUGUGCAUGGUCUGCGACGAAAUCAGGACUUAUAUGUGAACGAAUGAGUGAACGAAUGUGAAAUAAUUCACGACUCAGUGUCUGAACCAAAAAUAAAAAAAAAAUAAAACAAAAAACCUUGUUCAACUACGUCUAAUUUA